CACCGACACUGCGACACAUGUUUUGCACCAGGUCGCGGGGAGAGUCCGUUGUGUUAUCAUUGGGAAUAUACAUCUAUGGGCUCUACCCUGGUCCUUAUUCACUACCAGUUUUGGAGUCAAAGUAGGUUUUAAGUCCCCGGUAGACAAAUGUGUUACUGUAACACCGACCACCUUACAUGGCGUUGUCUAGGAGACCGUAGCUCGGUGUGAAUGAAAUCAGCGUGCUGAAGGAGGGGACCGUCUCGAGCAUCUUCGGCUUUUCACCGUGGUAUUCCCGCAGACCAAAAGAAUGCCAUCUCUGUCGGAGCAGCUGCAAGAGGUGCGGAGUCUGGCUGAAGUGUGUCUGUACUCUGGUGGCAAGGUGGUGGAGGUGCGGGUUGGGGUGAUGGCGAUGGCAAAUCUGCCCUUACCGCCCUGCUCCAAAUACUGCCACAUCGCCGCCGAGACCAUGGUCAUAGAAAACAGCUUCGGCAUCAACAGGAAGGAGACCCUUGCAUCUCUCCAGCGAUUGUCCACAGCACUGAACAUCCUAGAAAAGUAUGGCUGUAAUUUGACAAACCCCAACAGGCCUAAGUACUGGAGAACUGUGAAACACAACAACCCAGUGUUCAGGGCCACCGUUGAUGCAAUUCAGGGAGGACGAGCAGUGCUCUGUCUCUAUGGUUACUCCAAUCAGCAGCCAGAUGGGCUCAGCUUCCCAGAUGAUGUCACAGAUCCUGAUGUGGGCCGAGUUGCUGCAGUAACACUCGAAGUGAUGAGUCUGAGGAUGGAACUAGAAAUGCUUAUUAAGGAUGCUCAUCCCCACCCUGAGUUCUAUGAGAGAAUCCUUCCUACGCUAAGACACAAGGAUGUGGGUCUCAACACCGACACUGUGGUCUGCCACUUCUCCUCCCCUUCAUACCGUUCAGACGGUCAGACCAAGUCUCUAGCCUUCCCCCUCCACCAUCACUCCUCCAGGGAGAACAGUCGUGGCCAGUCCCUGUCCUCCAACCACCAAAGUCUCAGGUCCAUUCAGGUCUUUCCCACUUCUUCAAAAAAACACCCAGAGAACUGCACUAUCUGUGGAAUAUUCCGUAUCUCUGCCCACUGCCUCACCUGCCUCCUGGGGCUCUGCUCAGAAUGUGACAGACUGUACCACUCCUACCCUGAGAGGGCUAACCACCGUCGAACAGCUGUCUCAUCAUCCUCCUCCUCAUCAUCAUCAUCCUCAUCAUCCAAAAACAGAAACAGUCAAGGGUCUUCCGCCUGGAGUUGCCUCCACUGCUCUAAAGUCAACUCCGUCCAGGAAGUGCUGUGUGAGGCGUGUGAGCGCCCUCGCCUGGAAUUGAUCAGCUCUAAAGUAGACGAAUCUCAGCCUGCCACCGUCACUGACUGGCAGUGUAAGAGCUGUACCAUGGUGAAUGCAGCCAGCAGUAUUCUGUGUGAAGUGUGUGAAAGACCUCGUUUGGCUACACGACCUCCAGAGACUCCGUCACACCCACCCAUCACCCCCCCCAGACCACCGGCACCAGUACUGGGCAUGCCAGGUGACCCUGACAGCCAGUGGGUGUGUCAGUUCUGUACGUAUCUGAACUACUCUCCAGCUACAGUGUGUGAGAUGUGUGACCUGGCUCGUCCAGAGCCAGCACCCCUGCCUGCGAAGCUCCGCCCUCCCUCCCCUGUCAGACGGGUCCCCGCCCUGCCAAUCAAACCCAAAGAGCCCGCUCCUGAAGACCUGGAUUCCUGGAGGCAGAGGCUCAUGAAGGAAGAGGGACUGAAGUUGAUUCAACUGAUUAGAGAUGGGGAGAAGAAAGGAGUGAGUCCAGAGGAGGUGUAUACAAGCAUGAGGGUAGCAGGGGACAGCAGCAUUCUACCAUGCAAGUGGCUCAAGACAGAGCUUCCUCUGCUGUUAGACCAGAUCAGGACAUUGGUGGCAACAUCUUCCCUUCAGUCUGUUUCUGACAAGACUACAACAGAGCGCACAAACAGGUCAUGUAAAGCACCUGCUGAAGAUGCUGGGAAAGAGGUGGGCCCUGCAGAAACAGAAAGUGGGGUCCAGUUGUCCAGAGUAGAGGCCAAGCAGGCAUGGCUGACAGCGGGGGGCGAAAGCGAGAGAGCUGCCAGGCAAGCUCUGAGGGACAGACUCGCCAAGGUAAAGGAGCUGUGUACGCUGGGCUUUAGCGACGAGGCUCGCUGUCAUGAGGUUCUGAGACAGAGUGGUGGUGAGGUGAGAGGGGCCCUGGCCCUGCUGCAGCGACCCCUUCUGGAGCCCUUCCACAAGCACAUUUGGAGUGACAAGCCUGAGCCUCCUGUAGACAUCCAUCACCCUGACAAACAGCACAUAUGUCGGAGGUUACUAGCAGUGUACGAUCUUCCCAGCUGGGGUCGCUGUGAGCUGGCACUGUCGCUGCUUCUGGAGCACAGUGCCCCGUACUCCCUGGAAGAUGUGGUGCAGGCUGUGCGAGAGUCCCACGACAGGGAGUUCAUCAAAAGAGUGCUGGCUAAAGAGUGUCCCAUCUGCCUCUCUGUCUUCCCCCACAGCAAGAUGCAGUCUCUGACGUCGUGUCAGUGUUCUGUGUGUUGUGGUUGUUUCCAGCAGCACUUCACCAUCGCUGUAAGGGACAAACACAUAAGAGACAUGGUGUGUCCAGUCUGCUGGGAGCCGGACAUCAAUGACCCUGAACACUUAAACAGCUACUUCUCCACCCUGGACAUCCAGCUGCGAGAGUGUCUGGAGCCAGAAGUCUAUGAGCUGUUCCACAAGAAGCUGACAGAGCAGGCUCUGAUCAAGGACCCCAAGUUCCUCUGGUGCUGUCAUUGUUCAUAUGGGUUCAUCUAUGAUGGAGACCAGCUUAAAGUCACCUGUUUUCAGUGCCGCAACAGUUUCUGUGCUCAGUGUAAAAAGCCUUGGGAGUCUCAGCAUGCAGGUCUGUCCUGUGAACAGUACCAGUUAUGGAAGAGAGAGAAUGAUCCAGAGUAUCAGAGACAGGGCCUGGCUGGAUACCUCAGAGACAACGGCAUCACCUGUCCUAACUGUCGCUUUCAGUACGCGCUGUCUAAAGGAGGCUGCAUGCAUUUCUGCUGCUCUCAGUGUCGUUACCAGUUCUGCAGUGGCUGCAACAACCCGUUCCACACUACCUGUGCAGUGGACGAGUGCAGCGUGUCUGGAUUACAUGCCCAUCAUCCCAGAGACUGCCUCUUCUAUCUGAGAGACUGGGAACCAUCCAGACUGCAGGCUUUACUGCAGAAUAACGGCGUGGCCUUCAACACUGAGCCCCCUCCCGGAACCCAGACAGGUCUGUGUGGAGUGAUAGAGCAGAAGGAUGAGGGGGGGCAGCAGCCAGAUUCAGCUUGUGGAGCUCAGACCCAACAUGGGCAUGCUGGACUCUGCGAGAAGCAUUACCGGGAGUACCUGGUCAGCCUGAUCAACAGCCACUCCGUUGACCCCGCCCCCCUCUACAGCUCCAACGAGCUGCUGCUGGCCUGCAGGAGAUACAAGGUGGACGACAACCGCAGGGAGGGAGAGGACGGCUUCAACUACUUCAGCAGACUGCUCCAGAAACUGAUGGAGGAAGUACCGCUUGGUGACAAGGUGCCACGGAAGAAAUAAUGAAUCACUUCCUGUUUCCUGCAGUGAUCUCGUUGGCGUUUCAAAUUAAAACCCAGCCCCAAGAGACAAAAAUGGCAACAGUUUGCUUCAGGUUUUUGAAUCUGUAAAUGUUAGUGUCAAUGCACAGGACGGCAUCUCUGAAGCUCCGCCUGAGUGAAUCAAUUCAAUUCAAAUAACUUUAUUUAUUCCCAGGGGGAACUUUAGAAGCCAAGGAGUAGUUCUGCCAAGAACAAAAAUAUAAUAAAAUACACACAAUGCCAUGUACCAUUGUCAAUAAUCAUUAAGUGCAAUAAGAGAAGUAGCAGCAACACCUUUUCAGUUUUAUAAUAAAAAUGAUUGAUGAUGAUACUGUGACCUCAGCACUUUUGUCCCUGUCAGGAUCCUGUAGACUGUAAAAAUAGUGACGUCACCAAGUGGUUUGUGGACUGCCUUGUUAAACAUGGGUUUUGAAGCCUCGAGUUUGGCAGUUUGACCGUUUUUUUUGUUUUUUUUAAACCGGACUUGAUGAUUUUUGCCUCUGUCCUGAUUGACAGGUUGGCCAUAAAGGACUCCAUCUUUAUCUUUUUUUUUUUCAAGCUUAAUGUGACCAAUCUAAAACCUGAAAUAUUGUAUGCUUUAUUUGCAUAUCUGUUUGUUUAGUAAUAAUGUGAUAUUGUGUAGUAGGGGCAGGACCUAAUAAGCUGUAUCCUUCCGCCUGCUCCUUCUCCAACUUAUCUUUUUUUCUUUCUUUUUUUUUGGUCUUUGGUAAAUUUCUUUGGUCUUUGUUUUUUUUUUAAUUUGGGGGUUUUAAGUUGUUUUUCUUUUCUCUUGUAACCUUAAGAUGUUCGAGAUACAUAAUAAAUCAAAGUAGCGAUUGAGGCCAUAAGCUUGUUAUAAAAUUGUUUAUUGAGGUAAUAAAUCAAGUGAGAAGAAGGGUCCCUUCUCACUUUUAUAGAAACUGACUUUUUUUUUGCAACCAGGUGAGCCGCCCCCUGCUGGAGAUGUUUUAUAAUGCAGGUUUAGGGCACUUCCUUAUUGGCUUCCCUUUUCAGACUCCGAUGCUUCGUCCAUUAUUUUUACAGUCUAACCCACAAUCUUUACAUUUGUUAUUGUAUCAUUUACUGUGUGUAAAUCGUGCAUGGUUAAACUUGAGAUGUGACUAUUAUAUUGUAUUCAGCUUAUUACUAUAUUAACAGUAUUUCCAGAUGAUUUGCCUUGCAUUCCUUGUUGCCGAUGGGGCGUUGCAGAUGAACUCCCCGCCUUACAAGGCAGGCGUGCUAAAUUCAACUAAUUUGAUUGGGUGCUGUGAAUGUGAAUGGGCCCAAUUUGGUGAAUCCGAACUCGUGUUGAACAGGUUUCUUACUUGCUGAUGAUGUAAAAACUACUGCGUUUAAUAACUGCUUUGUUUCAUGGCUGUAAUUCUUUUGAUUAUUUUGGGUGGUAGAACUGAGAGCUACGCCAGAAGUGUAAAUCCUAGUUAGUGCAUGUUGUGAUCUGUGCUGUGCUCUAAAUAAAUGGUUAUAAUAAGACUGUAAUCGAUCUUU